AUGGUGAAGAAGGCAAGGGCGGCGCAGCACCAUGCCGCCCCCACUGUCCGGCCGCCUCCAAGAGCGAUGGACCCUGAAAAGGAGCUUCAAACAAGAUGGGAAGUGGAGAACGCACGAAGGGAGUUCAGCGAAGGCAGUCUGGUCCCAACGGUUUGCGACGACUUUCUUGGAUGCGCCUCCAGCAGCUCACGGCAGAGCACCCUGAGCACCGCGAGGAGCUGCCUUCAGGCGCACCUUCUCAAGAAUGCACACUCAAAUUUGCACUCUCGCUGCGGCGGGGCGCAGCUCUGGUCUCCGCCAGCCGCGUCGCGUGACAAGCCUGCGGAGAAGGAGCACGCAGAGCCAUACUGCGGCUAUCGUAGUGCUGCAGCGAUCCGAUGGCUGAGUCGUGUGCACAAUGCGAGCAAAGACUGUGAGCGCGUCGUCUUCACCGUCAUCACCGACGCAUACGACGUGCCGAAGCGUGUGCCGGGGUGCUCACAGCUCACAGCGUCUAGUCCCGUGUGCCGCUGCCUCUUUGCUCUCGUGGACCAGCCGACGCACAACAGUUUCUGGUCGGAGAACUCGACCAUGGGUUGGUCGCCGUGGACGCCGCUUCUGGUGCCGCCCAUUUUCGCAGGCCAGCCCAGUGGUACGGCAAGAGCCGCGCAUAUGCUCAAGCUGAGCGCGCAUCGCCUUUUUCCCCUUGCAAAUUCGACCAUGUACAUCGACGGCAAGAUGUCGUUCAAUCAUCCGCCUGCCACUGUAUUUGAUCGCAUCGCAGAAAUCACACCGUUGCCACUGGUGAUGGUGGAGAAUAAUGUUAGGCGCGGUUCGCUCGACUUCCAAUCAGAGUACAUCGAGACGAUAGGUGCGCUCAGGCGCAAGGAGCGCGGCGCGGUGCUUGAGAAAGACCUGGCCGAUCUGGAUCGACAGCGCCAGUUCUACUGCCAACACGAUCAGGCCUGCAAUAAUCAAGCAGGGCGGAUCGACGCGUCCUUCAUUGUGCAGCAGCGGCUGUAUACGAAAAACUAA